AUGGCCACUUCUUACAAAUAUCCAGCCCAAACCCGAGAACCAAAAGACAAGAAAACGGAAAACAACCCAACCAGGGCGGGAGGCGGGGGACCAGGACGGAGGGACCGAAACCAAACCAAACACAAGGAGCAUGAGACCAAAACAGAGCCCAGAAACAAACAAAAACAGUCCAAAACAGAAGAUGCUGGAGUCCAGGGAAACAGCGUCCAUGGAGAGCAGAAGGUCGACCCGGGGAGCGACAGCACAAAAGUUCAUAGUUCGACUGUUCAGGGGCCCGACCACGUGAGAAGUGGCAGUGGCAGCAGAACAGGACUGGAGACCGGCUGCGUGGAAGACGGCGGCGGCUACAGAGCGGGUCCGGAGGCCGGCCGCGUGGAAGACGGCGGCGGCUACAGAGCGGGUCCGGAGGCCGGCCGCGUGGAAGACGGCGGCGGCAGCAGAGCGUCGGGCGUACUGGUCGAAGCUUGGUGGGCACAGGACCAGACGAGGCGGGACCAGACGGUGGCGUGGCAGCCACGGGCGACGAUGGAACGGGACCAGACGGUGGCGUGGCAGCCACGGGCGACGAUGGAACGGGACCAGACGGUGGCGUGGCAGCCACGGGCGACGAUGGAACCGGACCAGACGGUGGCGUGGCAGCCACGGGCGACGAUGGAACCGGACCAGACGGUGGCGUGGCAGCCACGGGCGAUGGCGUAGGCGGAGCUGAAGCAGAAGCCGGAG